AUGUGGAAAGAAAACAUCACCAGUAUUAAUGAGUUCAUCUUGGUGGGCUUCCCUACUGCUCCUUGGCUGCAGGCUCUCCUCUUCCUCCUCUUCCUCCUCACCUACCUGUUUGUGCUGUUGGAGAAUUUGGUCAUCAUCCUCACUGUGUGGGCCACUGUGUCCCUGCACAAACCCAUGUACUAUUUUUUGGGUACCAUGUCCUUUCUGGAAACCUGGUAUAUAUCUGUCACAGUUCCCAAGAUGCUGGCUGGAUUCCUACUUUACCCCAAUACUAUCUCCUUCCUGGGAUGCAUGAUCCAGCUCUAUUUCUUCAUCGCACUUGCCUGUACUGAAUGCGUACUAUUGGCAGCCAUGGCUUAUGACCGUUAUGUGGCUAUAUGUUGGCCUCUUCGCUAUCCAGUCAUGAUGACCACAGGGUUUUGUGUUCAAUUGACCAUCAGUUCCUGGGUGUGUGGGUUCACCAUCUCCAUGGCAAAGGUAUACUUCAUCUCCCAAGUUUCCUUCUGUGGCAAUAAUAUCUUGAAUCAUUUUUUCUGUGAUGUGUCACCUAUCCUCAAACUAGCCUGUAUGGACUUUUCUAUGGCUGAGACAGUAGACUUUGCACUAGCCAUUGUCAUCCUUGUGUUUCCUCUCUCGGCCACUGUCCUUUCCUAUACCUUCAUUGUCUCCACCAUCCUGCGCAUACCUUCAGCCACUGGGCGGCAGAAGGCCUUCUCCACCUGUGCAUCUCACCUCACUGUGGUGGUCAUCUUCUACACAGCUGUGAUCUUCAUGUAUGUUCGACCUCGGGCCAUUUCUUCAUUUAACUCUAACAAAUUGAUCUCAACCAUAUAUGCAGUCUUUACUCCCAUGCUCAACCCUAUUAUUUACUGUCUGAGGAACAAAGAGGUCAAAGAAGCCAUCAGGAAAACCAUAGCAAGUGGCCAAGCCUUUUCUUAA